UUCAGGAAUAAUUUAUUAGAAGUGGCUUUUGUUACAUUAAAUGUACUCUAUAAAUCUAUAAAUUCUCAAAAUUAAUUGACUCGUGCGAAGUCGGGGCGGGUCGCUAGUUUCAAAACUAAAUUAAACAAUUGUUAUAAUAACUUUGCAAGUACGCACAUAGUAUAAAAGGGCCAUGUGUUUCGGCAGAUGCUUUCUAUAGUCGUAACAAUAGACAACGACCAUGUAUUUGAGACUGCUACUUUUCGCCGUAAUAGCGGGCGACAUUUUCGUACAUUCGCAACUGAGCGUCCUGUCCGGCCUUGAAGAUGCGGCAUUGACGUAUACCGGACUCGCUGCAAAGUACGGUCAUCCGGCCACCACUUAUAAGGUCACCACCGAGGAUGGAUAUAUCCUCACACUCUUCAGGCAUCCAGGGAACACCAGCCGGCCUGUUCUCUUAGUCCAUGGUAACACGCCGACGUCGGACUGUUUCAUAGACAGGGGUAAAGGCUCCUUGGCCAUCACCCUGGCCGGACUCGGCUACGACGUGUGGGCUAUCAACAUACGAGGCACGCGCUACUCUCGCAGCCAUGUCACGCUAAACCCCGACACGCAACCGAAGCAAUUCUUCAACUACAGCUUCUAUGAGGAGGCCGUUUACGACCUAUCGGCUACCAUCGACAGGGUUUUAACCGAAACCGCCCAAAAAAAACUGACCGUCGUAUCCCACUCGGUGGGCACGACGCUCUUAUACGUCCUCGGCUCGGAAAAGCCGGAGUACAACGACAAAAUCAACGUCGGCAUAUCUCUCGCGCCGAUAGCGUUCCUGAAAAACGUGAGAGGAUACGCGGGCAUCAUCCUUCCGUAUCUCCUGGAGAUCACGAGUCUUUUCGCGGACCUCGGUAUAGAGGAGGUGUUCAGUUACGAGAAAACCGGAACGCUGUUGAGGUUGAUAUGCGACGCGCAGCCUUUCGGAUACGAGGUUUGCGUCAAAAUAGUGUUGUUCGGAGCCCUGGGCGUGGAUUCGAACGGUUUCGAGAUGGCGUACACACCGACGUUUUUCGGGCAUUACCCCGGCGGUUCGACGCGGAAAAUUUUCCAGCAUUUGGGGCAGGUGUACAAGAGGGAUAAGUUUGCGAACUUCGACUACGGAGAAGAUAAGAAUCUGCAGUUGUACGGGACGAGCGAGCCUCCGGACUUCGAUCUGAGCAAGGUUACUAUGAAGACUGCUCUCUUCGUCGGCGAGGAAGACUAUUUGGGGACCGUGAAAGACGCGGAGCGCUUGAACCAGUCUCUGCCGAAUGUCGUGUACUACCAAGUGAUGCCGUACAAGAAUUUCAGCCACACAGACUUUGUGUGGGGCAGGCAAAUGGCUCAAAAUCUGUUCCCGUACUUAUUGCCCGUUAUAGAUAAAUACACAUAAUUAUUUUUUCAAUUAUAGUCCUCGCUGUAUUGUUUUAGACUUGA